UUUUAUAUUUUAUGUUGAAAAUGGGUUUAAUUUAGCUCAAAUCUUUCAUAUAUAUAGUGCAUAACCAUGAAAAAAAAGAGAGUUAAGAACUGAGAAUUAUUGAUAUGCAUAAACCGAGUAGCAACCAAAUUGAUAGAGACAUAACUGGAUAAAUAUGUCUCGAAAUUAUCUCUAAAAAAUUUCCCCAAAAAUAUCAUAUCGCAUCAGCGUUCUAAUCCAGCUCAUUGAAGAGUAGUAAUUAAAUAAAAAUAAUUAAGUUCGUGACAUACGGCACCCCCUUAUAUAGGAAGCCUACUUUCACAAAAAUAGCAUAUUCUCUCUCCCUCUUUCUCCUCUUUUUCUUAUCACUCGCUCUCUCUCCAGUGCAUGUGUCGUGAUGGUGGCGGUGAAAGAAAAAAGAAACAUAGAAGACGGGCUUUUGAAGCUCAAGAACCCAAACGACGAUCCAGACUGUCGUAUUACUGCAUGUGUUAUCUUCAGCACUUUCCUCACCGUCUGUGGCUCCUUCUCCUUUGGUGUUGCUAUUGGUUAUACAUCAGGUGCUGAGAUAGGAAUGAUAAAAGACAUGGAUCUUUCUAUCGCAGAAUUCUCAGCGUUUGGCUCAUUCUGUACGCUAGGAGGAACAUUUGGUGCAUUGCUCAGCGGUAAAAUGGCAAUUGUACUAGGAAGAAGAGGAACAAUGUGGGUUGCCGAUAUCCUCUGCGUCAUUGGUUGGCUGUGCAUCGCUUUCGCUAAGGAUGUAUUGUGGCUGAACAUCGGAAGAAUCUCAUCAGGGAUAGGAAUCGGCUUGAUUAGCUAUGUGGUACCUGUCUAUAUAGCAGAAAUUACCCCAAAACAUGUUCGCGGUACAUGUACCUUUUCGACCCAGCUUCUUCAAAACGCUGGACUCGCCAUGGUUUAUUUUUUGGGGAAUUUCAUCAGCUGGAGGAUGAUGGCUUUACUAGGUGCUUUACCAUGCGUCAUUCAAGGAAUCGGUUUAUUCUUCAUACCAGAGUCCCCAAGAUGGCUGGCAAAAGUUGGUGCGGAUAAAGAACUAGAAAAUUCACUGCUUCGGCUUAGAGGAAAAGAUGUUGAUAUUUCACGUGAAGCCUCAGAGAUUCAAGUUAUGACCAAAAUGCUAGAAAGUGAUUCAAAGUCGAGCUUUUCUAAUUUGUUUCAGAGAAAGUAUAGACACACUCUCGUGGUAGGAGUUGGGCUAAUGUUGAUACAACAAUUCUCGGGAAGUACGGCUGUAUUUUCUUAUGCAAGUACCAUUAUUAGAAAAGCUGGUUUCUCUGUGGCAAUUGGAUCGACAUUGUUAGCCAUCUUCAUGGUACCAAAAGCCAUGAUUGGUGUAAUUUUUGUUGAUAAAUGGGGCAGACGUCCACUCUUGUUGACUUCAGCGUGUGGGAUGAGCAUAACUUGCAUGUUUAUUGGGCUCGCCUUCACAUUACAGAAAAUGCAUUUGCUUUCGGAAGUAACCCCAGUAUUGACGUUUAUAUGCGUUACGCUGUAUCUUGCAGCCUAUGCAAUAGGAGUAGGAGGCCUCCCUUGGGUAAUUAUGUCUGAGAUAUUUCCAAUGAAUAUGAAAGUAACAGCAGGGAGUUUAGUGACGUUGGCCUCGUGGUCAAGUAGUUCUAUCGUCACUUACGCUUUCAACUUUCUAUUCGAGUGGAGCACUCGAGGAACAUUUUACAUAUUCGGGGCUAUCGCAGGAGCAGCACUUGUUUUUAUUUGGUUAUUCGUUCCGGAAACGAAAGGAUUAUCACUUGAAGAAAUACAAACUUCGCUUAUUCGUGAGCCCGACGAAAUAUAUCAUAUGUAGACUGAAAUGUCUACUUUUUCAUUUAAAUAUUUAAAAUUACUGAACUCAGGUUACAUAUGAUGGCUAUGUUCAUCGAGAAAGAAUUACACCUUUUUCAUGGUUUA